UGCAGCUGACGUGCGAUGGUACGGUGCGCUCCGGGGCCGUUACGCCAGCUCCGUUUGGACAGCGCAUUCAGAAGCUGCGCGUGUGGUCGGAGGCGAGCGGGAAAGACUUGGAGGAGGUUAGCGGCGAAAGGAAUGCGAAGGAUCUGCUGUCCAUAAACUGGAAUUUCCUGAAGGGGAGAGGGGAGCAAGAACGCUGCCUACUUUUUUUAUUCAAAGGUUUUUGCCUCCUGCCCCGCCCCCCACCACGGCCCUCACCUGUGUGCUGCGGUGCUUCCCCUGCGAGCCGUCCUGGGCCGGCAGCCCGUUCCUGCACCGCCCCCCGACCCCGCCCGCGGUCAGGAUGACGCGCUCCAAGACCUUCCAGGCCUACCUGCCCAGCUGCCACCGCACCUACAGCUGCAUCCACUGCAGGGCGCACCUGGCCAACCACGACGAGCUCAUCUCCAAGUCCUUUCAAGGCAGCCAAGGCAGAGCGUAUCUCUUCAACUCAGUGGUGAAUGUGGGCUGUGGGCCGGCUGAAGAGAGGGUUUUGCUGACUGGUCUCCACGCCGUGGCUGAUAUUUACUGUGAAAACUGCAAAACCACACUGGGUUGGAAAUAUGAGCAUGCUUUUGAGAGCAGUCAGAAGUAUAAGGAGGGGAAGUUCAUCAUCGAGCUGGCUCACAUGAUCAAGGACAAUGGCUGGGACUGAGCAUGUGCAGAGGGGGUUUGGUGGGGGGGGGUGAGACUCUCAUUUGAAGUUACCUCUGUUACAUUUGUCCUUGCAACUCCACCAGGCACACACACACACACUCACGCACUAUACGCACAGGCACACAUUCACACGCCACAUGUGCACACACACACACAUACACACACUCACGCACCACAUGUGCACACACACACACACACACACACACACACACACACACACACAGGUGCAGGAGGUUGGGCAGGACGAGAUCCCCUUUGGUUACUGGGCGGAUGGGCUCUCUCCACUGUGGGGAGCAGAAUGGACCGCACUACCCAUAAUCCCACUGGUGUGGCGCAGUCACCGGGGCAGGGGCGGGGCUUGUUACCAGGGCUACAGAGGGACAUAAACACCCCCCCAAAUCCCCCACCCCACAUGAGCACACAGGCCUUUCAGCAGCACUGUUACUGAAACAGGAUUCACACCUGGGUCAGAUACCUGAAAUACCUUAACUCUUUAGAUCCCGGUGAAAGCUGAAAAUGCAACUGCAAGUUCCCCAAGACAUUUUCAUAAAAACGUUGCUAACCAUACAUAAGUACCGACAUGCAUACAUGCAUACAGUACGAUCAUUUGUACAGUAAUUCUAGUAAAUUAUUUGGCCCAGGUUUGUCCUGUUUCACAAGGUGCAGACGAGGAGUCUGUGAAAGCUGAGGUGCAGUUCAGACAGAGGCCUGGGGGGGUGCUGUUGUGACCUGGUGAACUUGCUGGAGCGCCACAGGGGAAGGCUCAGACUGACUUCUGGGCUGUUUUUACGUGUUCAUGCAUGUUAGACUUAUUUCUGCUCUAUUUAUUAUUUAUUUGUCAUGAUUCUGGGACUGAUCUCCCCUCUGUAGAAAGUCCUGUCCUUUGAUCCCACCUGUACCCCUCUGUACCUGUCCACACCUGUACACCCCCCUGGUAGCAGUCUUAAGGGUUCUGAGGCAUUAGUUACUGUGUUUUACGCCUUUAUAAUGUGCUAUGAAGAUCCAUUCUGACUGCGUGCUGUAAGUCACAUGUAGUUUCAUUAGCACAGCAAAGACCCCAAAAGUGUGGGGAGGGAAUAUUGGAGUUUGGGGGGUGUGGGGCACUGUUGUUUUCUUAACCUGGGACACCCCCCCCCCCCCCCCAUGUUUACCGAAGUCAGUCUGUUACACUGCCUCUUAACUACUUAUAAAACACACUAAAACAAUAACCAACAAUGGAAUAAGAUUUCCUGUUGUUUGGGGAACUGGAGUCCACUGGUAGCCACGGCGACUCACUGGCUGUGGAAACACCCAAUCAGAGGGUUUUUAAAGCCCCAGCACAACCAAAGAAUCCACCCGUCUAUGGUAAGUUGACCAAUCAAGAGAUCUCAUUAUUGCUUGGGCAAUAGUGGUUCAGAAAGGAGGGUUGUGACUGGCUGAAAGGGACAGCUCUUUCUCCGAUAUAUUGCGUUGUUUGCUUUUGUAAAUUAUAGAUGUUAAUAUAUUUAUAAAUAUAUUCACUAUGAACGUGAGAAUGAUAAUUUAUGUCUUAUGUGUGUAUUACACAAUGUAAAUAGUCAUGUUUAAUGUUUGUUUUUAUUUAUUAUGAUCAUGAUGAUUAUUUCUGUCUAUGCUGUGCAUUCUGUCUAAAGCCCCUAACAGGGACUGUAAUAUUUGCUACUUUUUUACGAUUUGAAAAUGUUUUGAUUUCAUUGUUUUUGUAAAGGGCAGAAGAUGAUGACACUGAUAUUGGAACUUCAUCAAUAAAGUCACCCUUAUCAAUGCUCACCUGAGCAG